GUUGGGUGGGGCUGGUUAUUAAAAAGAUCACAUGAUAAGCUAAAAUGGACAGAAAAGCUGAAGGUCAGUAUCAACUGAGAGAGAGGUCUGAACACACAACUGCAGUAGUAGGAGAGGUACUGUAUUGCUGGGGAGGGGCUUGGGAAGGAUUAGUUGGGUCACACGAUUCUCCUACAAAGAGACAGUGUACUUCUGCUAUUGAUGCGUUUAACUUAUUAUCUGGUGUUUGGUCCUCUCAACCUACUAGAGGUACUCCUCCCUUGGGAAUCAUAGGAGUCUCCUGUACCACCAUUAAUAAUAAUAUUUAUUAUUUUGGUGGCUAUUGUGGCCAUGACUCCUGCUACCAUAACAGUUUGAACUGUUUAGACACUUUAACUCUUCAAUGGAAAGAAUUACAGCCAACUAGUGACAAUUCUGUGACUAAGAGAGGCUUUGGAGGCAUGAUAGUAAUGGGAAGUGAACCUCAACAAUUACUGGUUAUUGGUGGGGAGGCUCCUAUAUCAACUAUUACACAGUAUCAUCAUCAAUUUGAGUACAUUAAGAUAACUGGUCAUGUUGAUCGUGUUAGAACUAAUGAACAGAAUAUCUACAACCUGUCCAGUGGACAAUGGACUGUUCCAUCUGUCAGUGGACAGUGUUGCCCUCCAACUAGUGCCUUUAUAAUUGAAAGGAUCAAUCAUAAUAAAGGAAUUAUGUAUGGAGGAGCAGUGGCUGAUAGUGGUAGACCUACUAACAGUAUCUACUUGUUUCAAUUAUCACAUAAUACAAUAAACUGGGAGUGUCUUAAACAAGGAGCAAUACUUAAUGAUGGACUGUGGCCUGAGGAGAGAUGGGCUCAUGCCAGUACUAUUAUCAAUGGUGUCUCUACCUCACCUACACUGGUAGUGAUUGGUGGAAUGGAAGAUUCAACCAGUGAAUGAUUGUUUGUUAAUAGACACAAACCAGUACAAUUGGAUGAAGAUUCCUCUACCUGAUUCUGUUACUGGUAGAUAUGCUCACACUGUAUCAUCUUUUGUUCUUGAUCCUAAUCAUGUGUUCCUGAUAAUAGUGGGAGGUGCUGUGCAGAAUGAACAAAAACAUGUAGGAGGAGGAGUAAUGAAAUGGUUUGCUGCACAUGUCACUGAUCCUAAUAUCACAAUGGUAGUUGAACUAGUUUUUAAUGAUGGUCAAUGGUCAGUGGGUCCAGUAUUAGAUUCAGUUAAUAUUCCUUUAUUGUAUGAAGUAAUACUAAAAGAAAGAAAAAAGAAAUACAUGACAGAUAAAGAGAAGGAGCUUCAAGUUAUUAAUGAGUCUUUACGUCAUGAUCUACAAGUGGCUAGAAUUAAUAACCAAUCACUUCAGGAAGCACUACUGGAGACUCAAUCACUAUCAGAGAAGAGGAUGCUAACAUUAGAAACACAACUACUAGAAACUAAGACUCUUCUUACUAAACGAAAGAGAGAUCAAGAGGACUCACCACACUCAGAUAAUUGUAAGAAGCUUAAAACUGAUGAACUAGAGGAAUCAGUGGAGGAGAAACAAAUAAUGACUGGAGAAUAUGACAAACAUAAAGCUAUAGUUGCUGAUAAUGAAUUACAUGUAUAUAUAACUGAAGUAUUGAAAGAGAAGACACAAGUAGAGGAACGACUCAAUGAAAAGCAGAUAAUUAUUGAUGAUUUCAAGACUACAGUAUCUGAAAAAGAUGCAUAUAUAUCCAAACUAUUGAAAGAGAAAUCACAACAACAGGAGAGGAUCACAUCCCAAGAGGAACAAUCAAUCAAAGAGACUAGUUCUGUUGAAGUUCAGUUCAACUACUUAAUACCAUCAAUGGAUAAUUUUAAGAAGCUUAAAACUGAUGAACUAGAGGAAUCAGUGGAGGAGAAACAAAUAAUGACUGGAGAAUAUGAGAAACUUAAUGCUAUAGUUACUGAUAAUGAAGUUUAUAUAACUGAACUAUUGGAAGAGAAGACACAAGUAGAGGAACAACUUAAAGAAAAGCAGAUAAUUAUCAAUGAUUUCAAGACUACAGUAUUUGAGAAAGAUGCAUAUAUAUCUAAACUAGUGAAAGAGAAAUCACAACAACAGGAGAGGAUCACAUUCCAAGAGGAACAAUCAAUCAAAGAGACUAGUUCUGUUGAAGUUCAGUUCAACUACUUAAUACCAUCAAUGGGUAAGAUGCUAGCAA